CCCUCCCCUAAUUCACAUGCUCAUCAUGGAGGAAUAACGGGUACCUGCUUUACAGAGAGAGGAGGACAGGCUUAUUCCCAUUCCCAGCGACAUCUUGAAACAAUAGAGAAGAGCGCAGAAGAACACCUAUUGCAAGAUGAAAUAGUCUCGACGGUGGUCAGACUAUUCGCGAAUGUGAGUUAUACUGUUGUAGCAAAGCAGACAAUCGCGAUGAAGCAUUUUCUAAGGGUACUGGCCCAGUUACUGGUGUUCCUGUACUGUAAGUGUUUGUGGAGGGGCCUGAAGUUUGUCAUCAGGAAGUUGACUGGACGAUGUGAGCUUCAACGCAUCUGUUACAAUAACAAACCCGGUGCUCGAAGGACACUCAAGAUCGAAUCCUCACUCAAAUGCUCUAAACAUGAGCUUUUGCAGUCUGCCAUCAACAUUCACCCAGAUUCUGUGGAAAAGACUAUCGAUGAUAUAAUGUCCCUGAAAAAGAUCAACCCUGACACUAACCCACAGCUUGGCAUCUCUCUCCAGGCUUGCCUGCUCCAGAUCGUGGGUUACCGAAACCUAGUAGUGGAGGUGGAGAAGCUGCGUAGAGAGCCGUAUGCCUGUGAAAACCCAGCACAUGAGGAGAUGCUCAUGAAGCUGUGGAAGGAACUCCGUCCUGAUUCUCCUCUCUCUGGACGCAUCUCAAAGCAAUGGUGUGAGAUUGGUUUCCAAGGAAACGACCCCAAGACUGAUUUCAGGGGCAUGGGUCUCCUGGGUUUGCACAACCUACUGUAUUUUGCAGAGCAUGACAAAGCCACCGCUCUCCAAGUUCUUCAUGACUCUCUGCAGCCCAAACACAGGAACGUUUCCAAAGAGGAAGCCAGCAAGAUGAGCAAAGCUGAUUGGGACAAGAAGAAAUUUGACAAAGCGAUUGGAUACUCCUUUGCCAUAGUUGGCAUAAACAUCACAGACCUGGCAUAUUCCCUGCUGGUGAGUGGGGCUCUGAAGACUCAUCUGUACAAUGUGGCACCAGAGAUGCCAAGUCUAGUGCACUUUCAACAGACCUUCUGUUAUCUGAUGCAGGAGUUCCACAGAUUCUGGAUCGAGGAAGAUCCACGUGACAUCAUGGAGUUCAAUUGCGUGCGCACCAAGUUCCACAAGCACGUCCUGAAGCAGCUGAAGAACCCUGACAUGGCACUGUGUCCUCACUUCACUGCCUCUGACCUUCACCUGGUCAACCUGUAGCUUCUCAUUCAUCUCAACUCUCAUGACCUUUCACCUCCUCAUCCUUAAAGCCCAUGUCACAUUACUGCCAACUGCUUAGCCGGUCUCUUUCUCACACAUUCUCACACCAAUGUCUCCUUCAGCCCAUCCGACCCGACGUUACUGAAGAUCACCAGCACUGCUGAAGACCAUGUUGAUUGUACGUGUGCAUGGCAACAGAUCACCACCUUACAGCUUUCACACUGAUUGUGAUAUUUACAGCUAUCUGAAUGUGGAUGGGAGAAAGAUCUCUCCCGAUAGGACAAAGUUCCCUAUCCACCAGUAGGUAGAGCUGUUGGUACGUAUUGGGUAAGACACUGAGCUUCAGGUGCGCAAGAGUUUUUACCCACAUCCACCACAGUAGGCUGCGCUGAUACCAGGCACACUUAGAAACAGGUGGCCAUUGUUUGUAUACGCUAUCAUACAGUUUCAGAGCUGCUAUAUUAAAGAUAACCUUUGUUUAAUUAUUGUAAAUCUUUUAAAGGAAUAUUCAAGAUUCAGUACAAGUUAAGCUCAAUCAACAGUACCUUUGGUAUAAUGUUGAUUGCGACAAAAAUAUUCUUUAAAAAAAACAAAAUCUGGCUUACAGUGACAUUUACAAUGUAGGUAAAUGGGGCCAAUUUGUAAAUAUUAAAAUACUGUUCCAAUACUGUAGCCAUAAGAAGAUACACGUGUAUAAUUGCAGUGUGAAAUACUAACCUUUUCUGUGUAAAGUUAUUUACAAUUUUAUAACAUUAUUGGCAUGACAACCCUUAAAACAAUUGUAAAUACGAUGAUUUAAACAGAUUGACAUCUCAAAUAAUACAUACAUUUUAUCAGAAGAAUUCAUAUUAGUGCUUUUAUGGUAUUAUAAGUGUCAAAUUUCUGCUUUUAAACACUUUAAAAUGGGCCCCAUUCAUAUCCACUGUGGGUGGCUCACUGUAAGCCAGAUUUUAUUAUUAUUAUUUAAAAAAAGGGAAGAGUCGACAUACAUUUUUGUGGUAUUCAACAUUAUCCCACAGAUAAUGUUACGUCUAACUCGCAUUGAACCCAGAACAAUCCUUAAAAUGGAAAUGAUUUCAGCUUGCUGUAUUUACAGAUGAUUAUUCAUUCAGAAUUUCAUAACCAUUAUUGUCACUCUCAUAUUCUGAAUCUCAUUCUUCUGUCACAUACGUACAGUACAUACUGUAGACUACAUGUUGCCAAGAAGCAGAGCUUAAAAUCAAAUAUUCACUUUCCACAUAUGGUAGGAUAAUGUGUGUUUUGUGAAUGUUAUCAUGCAGAGCACAUGAUUGUUUUACAAAUGCAUUAGUGUUGAUGUAAACAAAAAAAAAGAUGGAAUGUUCCAUUUUUCUGUUCUAGCACCAAAGCAAUAAGUGACGUUUAGAACAUUUAGUAGAACAGUCUUGUUUUCUUUUGCACACGUGGUGCCUCUGUUGUAUUAAGACACUAAUUAGCAUAAUUAAUGUAUAACUCGCUUUGUCAACUAAGUUUUGCCCUCAGUGUGAGUAUUUCAGGCUUUCUUUGGUCUCUUCUGCAUUUCUUUCACUUUUACAGCUGUCACAUCACAAAUGCAUGUUGCUCUUUUGUUUAAGUUUGUCCAUUAACCCUUUAACAUGAUGGACGGUCACAGGGUUUGCAUGAUGAUCUAGUUUUUGCCUGCAAAAAAUUGUAUCAGAAUGUCACUUCAUUUUAAUGUUGUUAAUCGGUGCAAUGAAUGUCUAUGCUAUUGGCAGUGUUAAGCAGCUUCUUUUUAAUAGCUAUUGGUUGAACUGUGUUUCCACAUGAUUUUUAAAUGUGUAAAAAGUGUCAUAUAUUUCUCAUUGCAGCACUUUUACAGAUGAGACAGAAGCACUUGCUGUACAUAAAGCCUUAGAGGUGGAAUACAUGGAAACAUUAUUAAAGCUCAUCAUUAUGCAUGGCUGAAUGUUUA